AUGUCGUCAUCUUCAUCCGACGAAGUUUUUGAAGAAAGAUUUGACGAAGUUUUCGAAGAAAUCUUCGAAGAUACGUUCACCAACAUAGUCGAGGCCCAAACCAGUAACCAAAGGAGCCGUGCUUAUAUUGAACGAAACCGUGAAGGAGGACAAGACCGCUUAUGGAAUGACUACUUCAGCGAAGAUUCGACAUUCUCGUCACAAUUAUUCAGACGCCGUUUCCGCAUGAAUAAGGACUUAUUCUUGCAUAUUGUCCAUGGGCUAUCAGAGAACAUUCCAUUCUUUCAGCAAAGAAGAGAUGCAACCGGGAGGUUCGGUCUUUCUGCACUACAAAAAUGUACGGCAGCAAUUCGUAUGCUUGCUUAUGGUUCUACGGCUGACACGGUUGACGAAUAUCUCCGACUUGGUGAGACCACUGCACUUUCGUGUUUACAUAAUUUCACUGACGGAAUAAUACAGUUAUUCGGAGAUGACUAUCUACGACGACCCACACUGGAGGAUCUUCAACGACUACUCGAUAUUGGAGAGAAACGAGGGUUUCCUGGGAUGGUCGGGAGCAUUGACUGUAUGCACUGGGAGUGGAAAAAUACACUCCCUCGCAGCAGAGAAACAAAUCUAAUAUAG